GGGACCAAUCGAAGCCCAAAGAGGCGCCUUUGUUUAGGGCUGGUCCCUGCAGAAGGGCAGGCUUGGGUGGGAGUAUUUAGGAGGUCAUUAAAGGCAGUGCCAGACAGCUGACCAGAGACAGGGACUCAGGACACAGAAAAGGAACCUAGAGGUGUUUCAAGAUGGCCAGGUCUUUGACAAUUUUACUGCUAUCUGCGCUCCUCAACCAAGUCUUUUGCCUGCAGUGCAAUACAUGCCAAGGCGAGUACGAUUGCAUUGGAGAGAAUGUGACCUGCAAAGAACCUUUUGCCAGCUGCAUAACAUCUGUCCGAAAGGCUUAUGUCACCUUCCUUGAAUUCCAGUCGGUGAGGAAAGGCUGUGCCCGCCAGCUGUAUCCGCAUGAAUCAGUUUCCCUUAACUCGCACCUUGUGUCUCUUUCGUACCAGGCACGCUACUGUGCCCAGGACGGUUGUAACAACGAGACCUACUUCAUCUCCCAUCCAGCCCCUGUCAAUCAUAUGCGCUGCCACACCUGUGCCUCCCAGGGUGCCUGGUGCCCCGAAGCUGCCCGCACUCAGAUCAGCUGCAAUGGGGAUCAGGACCGGUGCAUGGAUCUCGACAUCACUGGAAAACUGGGUCAAUAUUCCAAUAUGAAGAUGAAGGGCUGUACCAACAUCCCCCGCUGCGAGGAGACCUUGAGCUUCUUCUCUGGCAGCCGUACCAUCCAUGCCAGCUGCUGUGAUACACCCCUCUGCAAUACCUUCACCCCAGAUCUCCACAUCCAAAGCCAGGCAACCAAUGGGCUGGAGUGCUACAGCUGUGUGGAUGAUGACGGAAGCCCUGGGGCUGGGUGCUUCAACAAAACCAUCUCCACUGUGCAAUGCACAGGCAUCCAUAACAUGUGCUUGGAGGGAAUCGGCAACAGCCGUAAAGCUGGUAAGGAUUUUGGCAAAAUCACCUUUAAAGGCUGUGCCUCCCCGGCCAUGUGCCAGAGCUCUCUCUUGGCUUUGGUGCAAGAGCUGGACAAUGCCGAAGUCAGGUGUUGCCAAGGCAACUUCUGCAACAACCGCAUAGUGGACGGUGUCAUGAUGGAACCCGGCAUCCCGGCUGACAGCGCCAACACCACUGAGGCAGUGGAGUGUGUCCCGCCCACGCCAGCUGGCCUCACUCCAGACUGCAUCGACACCAACGGGGAGGAAAACAAUACCAUGGUGGUUGCCCCCAUCCCUGCUGGUGUAGCCCCAUCUGCUGGGGGCCCCAUUGACAGGGAGGCGGUCUACACAAUCAUUGAGAAGGAAGGGAGCGAGUCUACAGUCAACGAGAGCAAUGCUGUGUCAGGGUUGCCUCACCGCGACCACUCGGUGACCGCAGGCGAACACACGGUCAACGAGAAUAUCGUCGAUGGUUACACUGAGGGCCACACUGUCUCCCCUGCAGGUGCUACAGACUCUGAGCACAUGGUAAUGGGUGGUCCCUCAGGUGCCACGAACGUGAACAAGAGCGAGCCAGGUGCCAGCACCACCUCUUCUGGCAAUCAUGGCAAUGUUGUUGUGCUGGUACCCAUCAUUGUCCCAAAGAAGAAUGUCACUUCUUCUUCCUCCUCCUCCUCCUCCUCCUCAGAAACAAGCACCAGCAACAACAUCGUGGCAGCUUCCAACAAUAGCGAUGAGUCAGAGUACGAAGAAUGUGAGGCGGAAGAGGAGGGCGUCAGCACCGGGGACCAUUUCAUGGCUGCUAACGAAGGCAACCGUGAGGGUUCUGCUUCCACAGACAUUUUCCAUGAAAACGACACGCCAGGAAGCACUGUUGUCCCCAGUCGAGAUAUUUCCAAUGUAGCUGUGUUGCUCCCAGGAGGAAACUACGCAUCUCCCACAGAAAGUAGUCAUAACACUGGGGUCUUCGCGAUGGAAGGACAUGGGUCCACUGACUCUCCUGCUGCUGGUGCCGCAGGAAGCACCAAUGUGGGCCAUGGCCAUACUGCCUAUGGUACUGACAGUGAAAGCUUUGCAGUCGAUGGAACUACUGCAAGGCCUGGACACUCUGUGACGGGUGCCCCUGCUGUGGCCAACGCCAACACAAUGGCCACUACCAGCAGCCCUGCUGGAACAGUCCUUGUUUCGGGAGCCGCAGCUGGCACCUCCCGCCCUAAGAACAAGAUCCCAUGCAAACGGCCAGGGUCUCAAAGUCGACCUGGAGUGAUCCUGGCAUCCUCGCCUGGAGCUGGGGGCCGAGUCGCCGAAGAGGGCGUCAGGAGGAAUGCCACAACCUCAUUGUUUAGUGACGCUAAAAAUCCAGCACGCAACGCAGGGGGCAAAGUCCACCUCGACAGCGGAGCUUUUGGCCUCGUGUCCAGUGUUGGUCUCUUCUCCCUCACCCUCCUGUUGGCUGCUCUGUUACAUUAAAUCCACAGAGACUGGGAUGGGGUGUAGGUUGUUUCUUUGUUUGUUUUAGAACCUAAGAGUCUGGAUUUCCACCCCUGCUCUUGAUCUACCCCACUUCCUUUUGUAAAAUAACUUUGGAACCCGUGCAGAGUUCCGCGUACCCUAUGUGCCUGUUAAAGGAUACAUAAAUGAAGAAAAGAAUGGUAUCUUGCAUCCUCCUGGUAUGAACUGGGAUUAUGCUCCAUGUUUCAUAAGCUCUUUACGACCCUUAUCCAAAAGAAGAGUCUGCUUAACAUUCCAGCUGAGCUGGAAACUCCUUCCUUCACACUAUCAGGUCACUGUAGUACCAUGAAGUCAGAGAUGUAUAGAUUAAAUAUAACCACUAGGAUGCACAACUAGGGCAGUUAACCUUUAAUAUACUGGUAGGUUCCCUUUUUUGUAAUGUUGCUAGUAAGGUGAAUUGGGGGCACGUGACGUUGCAUACUCUUGUCGUAUUCGUUCAUUUGCAUCAAAGGAGUAAUGCACAAGGGUGGGCAACUGUGCAACCAUACAUUGACAUGUGCUGUAUUUAUAGCGAAAUCUACAGGGUGAUAUAUAUAGCAAAACACUGGGUCAAAAGCUCCCAGACGCUGCACCCACUCAAUGCUCCUCCAAGCUCAGAAAAGCAACCCUGAUCUGUAGACCAUUGGAUGCAUCUUGAAGGUUAUUAACAAAAUGGAACAAAGUGCAGUGGAGAGGAGCAUCCAUGCUCCACAGUGCUGGGGCCCCCUCCAGCCAGCCUUGUUAUUGCACAUUAAUGAUGAUCUGUGCUCCUGAUGCUAUUUGGGCAGUCACGCGUGAACCUGAUUUUGAGACUGUUUGCACCUGCAAGUGUUUCAGGGCGGUCACACUGUUUCAUUUGCAGUCUGUGCAUGUCCUGUAACUUCCUGGUGAAAACCUGCAAUGUCUUAUACCACAAAUGCUCUGGUUUAUUUUUGUCCCGCUUUUGUUGUGCAAUAGCCCCUCCAGACAGCAAGAAUGUGGUGGCACUGGGGAAGCAUCACAGAACAAAUAGUAAAGCAGAAUAAAUCCCCGACUAAUGCACUAUUGUUGUGCCAAGAGCAUGUUGCAGAAUACACCCACAAUAAAGCCCCAGUUUGGACGGGCCCCGGGUGCACCGCGGGACUGAACUGUGCAGUCACCUCAAACCAGAAUGGGACAGAUAUCCUUUGGAACUCCCACCUCCAUUUUGUGCACAAGACAGAGAAGUGAGGUGUUCAUAGGAGCAUAGGAAUUAAUCAGGCCUUAUACUGAAACAAACCAUUGGUCCAUCUAGCUCAAUAUUGUCUACACUGACUGGCAGCAGCUCUGCAAGGUUUCAGGCAGUGUGUCUCUUUCAAGAGAUACUAGGGAUUGAACCUGGGACCUUCAGCAUGCAAAGCAGAUCCUCUGCCACUGAACUACAGCCCUUCAGUCCUGAAGCACUUGGGAUUUUCCUUGUGAUAAAUGCUGAUCGAACCCAAAAUUCAUGCCAGAAGUUCUGCUGCCUGUUAGUCCUCCCCAGCUGCAAAGAAGCUCCAAAUACUGGAAUUCAUCAUCCUUUGGGCUUUGACACACACUCUCUUCCCCUCCGUUUUCUUCCUCCUAGCAACAUCUUGAGUGAGAUUGAAAGCGUCUUGGGGCAGAGACUUGUUUAGUUUUGCUUGGCAUUUCUUGUUGAAGUGCCUUGCAUAUUAAUUGUGAUGCUAAACAAUAACAACUAUAAUAAAUUUUCUGAGAAAGCUUGAGUUGCUGAGUGCAAAGUGUGUGAUUUUGUUCCCUGUUGGGGCUUUGCUAACUUUUGCCGUGCGAGGUAGGUGGCUGUGAUUCAAAACAGGUUUCUCCGCCUUCAUUUCAGCUUCAACCCAUCCCUGGCCAGCCAUCCGGCUGCUCUCAGGUUCGAGGCUGAUUUAUUGCCUUGUGUGGAGUCGAUCUCAUUUCUGUCUUCCAUCUUAUUCCCUGUUACUUCUGCUCCCCAAUUUCUGGAUGGCACUCCCUACGUGCUGCGCAAAGGGGGAAGGAAUCAAGAUAUGCUAUUGUUGAUGAUCUUGUGUCUUCAAUGUGUUGAGGUCUUACUCCAAUUUCAGCUAGGAGGGGACCCAGUGAUAGAGAACAUGUGCAUGUGCAGAAGGUCCCAAAUUCAAUCCCCAGCCUCUCUGGUUAAUAGGGCAAGGGCCAUAGCUCAGAGGAUCUGCUUUGCAUACAGAGCAUCCCAGUUUCAAUCCUUGGCAUCUACCUAGGGAGGUGGUGGGCUCUCCAACACUGGAGGCCUUCAAGAGGCAGCUGGAUAGGCUUUAACAUGGAUUCCUGCAUUGAGCAGAGGGUUGGACAUGAUUGCCUUAGGGCCUUCUAACUCUAUGAUUCUAUGAUUCCAAGUAGGACUGGGAAUGUCCCCCGUCUGAAACCCCAGAAGGUUGCAGCCAUUCAAGUGUGGACAAUACUCAGUGCGAUGGACCAACGGCCUGACUCAGUCUAAGGCAGCUUCCAAUGUAACAGGUCAGGUAGCAGGUGAUGAGGAGACCUGCCUACAAUCGUGGAGAGCUGCUGUCAGUCAGAGUAGGAAGCCCUCGCCUUCCUCAGGACAAAUUCUGACUUGGUGCUCGGGUGGUUGCUUACGUAUUGCCAAAACAGAGGAAAUGCAUCACCAACAGGAAUAAAAUAAAGGGGAUGUACGUUUGCGUAACA